AUGACGCAAAUCAUGAUCUUGUCACUGCAGGAUGCCAUGACUGUCAUAAAGGUAACUUAUUGCCAAACACCCAACAUGGAGUCAUGUGACCAUAGCAAUCUAGAUCAAACAGAGAAUAAUAAAUUGAGCAUAGUAACAGAUCAGUUCCUACAAUCCAAUAUUGGAAUGGAGGGAAAAAAUCAGAGUGAGGGGAACGAAGAAUUUGAAGGCUGGCGUUGUCUGUCCUGGGGAUCUUGUGGAUCGCCGCUCUCCUUCUCUUUCUCGGGGCCAGGAGGAAGUUGGAAGCGGCGGGACCCGAAGGGCGGCAGACGCCAAAGGUGCACUUCAUUACACUAUCGUGCAGAUCUGCCACCAACCAGCAUCAUUAUCACCUUCCAUAAUGAAGCUCGGUCUACAUUGUUAAGGACGAUAAGAAGUGUGCUGAACCGAACCCCAGUGCACCUGGUCCAUGAAAUCCUAUUAGUAGAUGACUUCAGCGAUGAUCCGGAUGAUUGCCGUUUGCUGAUCAAGCUCCCCAAAGUGAAAUGCCUGCGCAACAGUAGAAGAGAAGGUUUGAUCCGAUCCCGCAUUCGAGGAGCAGAUGUGGCCCAAGCAGGGGUUCUUACCUUUCUAGACAGUCACUGUGAAGUGAACAAGGACUGGCUGCUCCCUCUUUUGCAAAGGAUCAAAGAGGAUCCAACUCAUGUGGUGAGUCCAGUUAUUGAUAUUAUCAAUUUGGACACCUUUGCUUAUGUGGCAGCUUCUUCAGAUCUAAGAGGAGGAUUUGACUGGAGUCUUCAUUUUAAAUGGGAACAACUUUCUCCAGAGCAAAAAGCCAAGCGAACAGAUCCCACAGAGCCCAUCAAGACUCCUAUCAUUGCUGGGGGCCUUUUUGUAAUUGACAAGGCCUGGUUCAACCAUCUGGGAAAAUAUGAUGCUGCAAUGGACAUCUGGGGUGGGGAGAAUUUUGAAAUCUCUUUCCGAGUGUGGAUGUGCGGCGGGAGCUUGGAAAUCAUUCCCUGCAGUCGGGUUGGCCAUGUCUUCCGGAAGAAGCAUCCUUACAUCUUCCCAGAAGGAAAUGCCAACACUUAUAUAAAAAACACCAAGCGCACGGCGGAAGUGUGGAUGGAUGAAUAUAAGCAAUACUAUUACGCAGCCCGGCCUGCAGCUCAAGGGAGACCAUAUGGAGACAUUCAAAGCAGAGUGGAACUGAGAAAGACCUUGAAAUGUCACACAUUCAAGUGGUAUUUGGAAAAUGUCUAUCCAGAGCUUAGAAUUCCUGAGGAAUCACUGUACCAGACAGGAAUGAUUCGGCAGAGACAGAGAUGUCUGGAGUCCCAGAAAAAUGAAGGACAGGAGUUCCCAAUGGUGAUCUUAAACCCCUGCAUCACCAGCAAAGGUGCAGCGAAUAGAAUAGAAUAG